AGGUAAAAGAACAUCUAACCAGUACCAUGCUGGGGAUCGUGACACUCUUUAUUCAUAUUUUAUUAGUCGUUGCCAGACCGACCGAAAAUGAUGUGAUAGAUUACAACACGACUGAUGCAGAAUUUUUGCGCAACAAUUGCGUUCUAUCCACGAAAUAUAAGUAUGGCGAUCUUAAAGAACCACAGCCAUUGAUUCUAACUCGAAAUGGUACUGCAUCGGUGAUACUUUAUCCAGACGUUAACGGUAUAUUAAAGAUGCAAGCGGGUCAAUCGAUUUAUUUGGCAUGUCCGGGAAAACAAAAUUCUCUAAGAAACAUGAACUACACCCAAGAAGUGAAAGCUACCUGCGUAGGGAAUAAAAUAUUUCACGUUAAUGGUGAAAAUAAAAAUUUUUCAUCGUUGACGUGCUAUCAUUUGCCUGAGCACAUCGCUAAGAUUACGAAAUCGUCGUGCUAUGGCAGGAAUACUCACUUCGAAAUUGGUUUCAAUCUGAGCACCGAUUUUCUGCGCAUGAUAGAACUGUGUCACAAUGAAAAAACUUACAAUACAUAUUACACGAAAUUUAGACUGACAAAAUUGAUUGGAGGACACCAGGAAGGUUAUCCCAGGCCGAAAUGGAAUGAUGGAGAUCAUUACGGAAAGAUAGAUAUUAACGAGCAAUACAAAUUCAGCGAGCAGCUUAUCACACUUGAAAAACUUUUGAAUUCAAGCAAAUUGGCCAAAUCUUAUUUAAUGAAGUCAAAUCAGUUCCUGUCUCGCGGACAUAUGGUGGCAAAGGUCGACUUCAUUUAUGGUGCUUUACAAUCGCUUACUUUUUGGACCAUAAACACGGCUCCUCAGUGGAUAUCUUUCAAUAUUGGUAACUGGAGAAAACUUGAGGAAUGCAUCAGAAACUUUGCCACUAAUCGUUCUUUGGAUCUAGAUGUUUACACGGGUGUACACGGUCAAAUGACAUUGCCCAAUGCUCGAGGCAAACAGGAAGAUAUAUAUCUCUACGUCAAUGAUAGGACUAAAACCGUUCCUGUCCCUAAGUUUUUUUGGAAAAUAAUCUACGAUUCACGAAGCAAGAAGGGUACCGCGUUUGUUGGUUUGAAUAAUCCCUUUAUCAAGUCGAAAGAUGACGGUGAUAACUACAUAUGCUCGGAUAUCAGUUCCACGAUCAAAUGGCUUAAGUGGAAUGCUAAAAAUACCACAAUGGGUAUCUCUUAUGCGUGUACUGUCGACGAUCUACGUAAAGCCGUACCGACCAUUCCUAAAUUUAAAACGAUAGGCGUUCUAACGUAAAAAUCGAUAGAAAUUAUUUUGAAAAAAAUUUGAAUACUUUGCAAAAUAAAAAGUCAAAAAAAAUAUUUACUCUAGUUGGUACGUUCGAUUAAUUCUUUUGAUUUUUGAUACGUGCCGAUUACGUUUUAAGUUAAUAUGGUUGACAUAAUUCUUUGACAUUCUUAUUAAUAAUGUAAAUUUUAAAGAAAGCUAUAAAUGAAUGUAUAUCCUAUUAUCAUACACGUCGCGUCUUAUCGUGAUAAUUAUUAGAACUAAAUGAAAAAACGAAUACCGAAAAGUUGAUUCAGCUGAUAUUAUAGCAGUUCGUGAUGAAAAAUUUUCUAGAUUACUACAGUUUAUACGAAGACAUCCACUCGGUAUGCCACCAUACGAUAAAAUAAUUAUUACGAUGUACAUAUAGGUAGAAAAUAUUCAUAUAUAUAUUUAUGUACAUACAUAUGUGCGUACAUACUCAUAUACCUAUUAUAUUUUUAAACAAUAAAUGUAUUCGGAAUAAUAGAAAAACAAUUAAUUUUACGUGAUGUUUGCUCACGGAAAAUGAUAACACAUCUACGUUAACACAACAAGA